AUGCGUGAGAUAUUGAGAAGUGGGAAGCAUUACGUUAUUGAGUGGUGGGUCAGAGAUGGUGGAAGCGCUUACGAUGUCGUCAAACUGUUGAAACUGGGUGAUUACAACAUCGAAAGGACCUUGUCUGCACGAUUGGAGGUGCUAGAAGACUUUAUCAAGGCCUUGAAAGAGAAGGAGUCAGCCGUUGUCGAUUUGCACUCGGUUGUGUCUUGGGGAUUCGAGGGUCAAGACAUGUUCGCUGACUUUCUGGGUAAGAAGAGUCUUUGA